AUGACGCGGCGCCAUUCCGACUGUUGUGACUGCGAGCGGUGCCAUCCCUCCGAGGAAGCACUGAAAUUUCUGGCGAAAUCGAAGACAAAGAAAUUGAGUCCAGGUGCUCUAUAUUCUCGGCGCAAACAGCAAGAGCAUCGUGUGGCCUCAGAAUUGCGGGCACUAUCAACCCAAGACUUCGCCUCGACGCCCCAGCGAGUCACUCGAUCAGGGAGAUCCGCAAUAGUGACGGCUUCGGUCUCCCCUGAGACAUUAACCGUGGUACAAAACAUCAUUCAACGAUACAAAGAGAAGCAUAGUGUGUUCUUCACUCAUCUCGAAAUCCAGAUUAUGUUUUUCUGGCACACGUACCAAGCUCUAACCGGGGAGCUUAUGGACCCGGCGCUGCCCAUGAUGAUUACGGGUGUCUUGACGCCUUAUGCGACGGAUAUGGAGCUUCAUAAUCAAGCGACCGAGAAGCUUCGCAGUGAGCGGGAUAGCACCGAUCAAGCUCGAACUUCCGAUCUUAAUGAAAUGGUGCGCCUGCUCGCUGCGAAUGGCGCAGAAUUGCGGAUAUGGGAAACCUUAACCCAGGGGACGAUGUUCUACUUCAAGGCCUCAAAUAUCGCGGUUGCACAGAUACCAUCUACCUCAACAUCGACAUUUACUUCGCCAGUCACGGAAACGUCCAAUGAAAUUUCCAUUCAGACUGCGCAGAGCCCAGCCGUCUGCGAAGAAGCGUCCCCUACUCCCGAUAUGAUAGUGGUGGAGACCUCGCAAACGGAGACGCGGUUGGAGCAGCUUGAAGAAGAGAAUUUUCUCCUAACAGAGAAAGUGUACUGCCUGGAAGAUGAGCGCGCUCAGUUUCAAGAAGAAUGGGAGAACAUGGCGCGGAAACUCAAGGAGUCAGAGGCAGAGAACCAGCGCCUGAGGAGUGUAUUGGAAGCGUCGUUGCAAAUUUUCGCGGAACCAUGGGAAUCGCUCAAAGACAAAUAUGGAAAUUGA